AUGGGAACAUUAGCAGCAAAAGGAAGGCUUAAGGGCUGCCGCUGGCGAAUGGGCGUUCGUGCUGCUGGGGCCCCCCGUGUUUGGGGGCGCUGCAGCGUCCUUUGGGGGCGCUUUGCCUGCUUUUGCGCAGCAGCAGCAGCAGCAGGAGUUGCAGCAGCAGCAGCAGCAGCAGCAACGUCUCCAGCUGGGUCUGCAGCAGCAACUGUUGCUGCGAUAGAUGCCCAGGAGCUCCCGUCUCACGAGGCCCCCCGUUACCCGGGCUUCGGCAGCAGCAGCAGCAGCAGCAGGCUGCAGCCUGCUGCUGAUGUGAUGCUGCUGCAUACAGGGGGCCCCGCGCCUCUCCGUUCGAGGCCCCCGACCACUCCGGGGGCCCCCCCUCUGCCUGGGUACCCAGGGGCCCCCUCUCCUUUGGUCGCAGGGGGCCCCUCGGGGGCCCCUCUCCCUCGGUACCCAGGGGCCCCCCACCCGUUGGCUGCAGGGGGCCCCUUGAGGGCCCCCCCGCCAGCCCAGCCAACGGGGGCCCCCCUGGCAGCAGGGGCCCCCUCGAGGCCCCCGGCAGUGCUGUACCCAGGGCCUCCCUCAUUUGCCGUAGGGGGCCCCCCAAGGGCCCCCCCAGGGGCCCCCCAGGGGGCCCUCCCAGGGUCCCCCGCGG